UUACUGAAUUCCAUACCUAGAUGUCGAUCGUAUCAAGUUCCAAUACAACCAAUGUCCAAUCUACGAGAAAAUUCAACGAUCUACGUCUCCUGGUUUCUGCUGAUCGAGCAAAUAUGGCCGAAUCAGAAAACACUGAAAACAAUAGGAAUUAAGGCUACAGACGAUUAACAAAGUCCCAUGUGUGUGUGUCCAACCGGUGAUGUAAAUUUGGACAUAGUUCUGACAAAAGCUUCGGUGUAGAUGCUCUAAUCCAAUAAAUAGUUUAAAUCUGCACGUGAACGUAAAAUUCAUUAGGUUUUCUGUGGAAAUUAUUAAAUGAGUGCGUGGAGUUAGUGAUUACGGAUACUACAGCGACCUACGACCUUCUUGUUGUGGGUAUACUUCUGGGACAUUCGGACUUCUUUCGCUUAGCGACGUAACAACAGUCUGCUGUGAAUAUUUUUGCCAAUUGAAAAAUUGAUUCAGGAGGAUGACGAUUCUGUCGAAAAAGAAGACGAAUGGGACAAAGGAUAGGCGUGAAGGAGCAAAUGGGCCCGAAGUAGAUGUCCAUGGUGUGCAGAGUGAACAUGGGCCAGGUCCCAUUGCUCUACCCAACAGUGGUCCCUAUCAGGUGAGGGGAAAUAGUGGAUUUGGUGUCGAUCUGCAUGGUGUUCAGGGUGAACACGGUUCAGGACCCAUAGUUCUUAGCAGUAGCUCAUAUGAGGCCAACGUUGAUCGUAGAGAAGAAAAACAUUUUGAGGAAACUGGUGGACCAAGUCAUGGCAAACGCCAUCGUCAACGAGCAAGUCCUCAUAGUAGUUGUAUUGGUAGGACUUCACGUACAAAGCGUGACCGGGAAAGAGACAGAGGUAGGGAGAGAGAACGUGAGCGAGAACGUGAGAGGCAGGCAACUCCUCCAACUGCUUCCUGUAGCGGUCUACAAGGUACAGAUAGCACUGUUAUAAGUAACAGUCGCAUGAGCAUUGUGACAAAUACUACAAAUAGUGAGCAUGAAUUGGCAAAUGGCUAUAAUAGUGGUGAUGAAUAUACUGGUCGCACUGGAAACAAUCUAACAUUGGCUGAAUGGCAGGAGCGCGAUCGAUGGUUUGAGAAGCGAAUGCGGAAAAUGGGGUUUAUAGUUAAGAAAAUGGGGGAGGAUGGUGCGUGCCUAUUUCGCGCGGUAGCAGAUCAAGUAUACGGCGAUCAAGAAAUGCAUGGAGUUGUGCGGAAACACUGUAUGGAUUAUAUUGCUGCCAACCAGGAGUUUUUCUCUCAUUUUGUGGCUGAGGAUUUUAGCACAUACGUAGAUCGAAAGAGGCAGGAAUAUGUUCACGGAAAUCAUAUAGAAAUGCAAGCCAUGUCAGAAAUGUACAAUCGCAGUGUCGAGCUCUUUUGUUACAGUACCGAACCCAUAAAUAUUUUCCACGGUGUCCUGAAAAGUGACAACGAGCCAAUACGAUUGUCUUAUCAACGAGGUAGUCACUACAACAGCAUAGUGGACCCGUACAAAGCCACUAUUGGUGUAGGAUUAGGUCUACCGUCUUUUAAUCCUGGUUCUGCUGAUCGUGAACUUAUAUCUGAUGCAGUGCGUCAAAGUGAGGAAUUACAUAUCGAACAGACUAUGCUAGAGGAUAAAAUAAAAGCCACAGACUGGGAAGCCACCAACGAGGCGAUAGAGGAACAGGUUGCUAGAGAAAGUUAUUUGCAAUGGCUGCGCGAUAAUGAAAUGCGAAAAGCUCGGUCAACUAGUAGUAGCAGUACAAGUACGGUAACCAGUGCCCAGCACAGUCACACUCAUUUUCAUUCUCAUGGAGGUCGUACGCAACAACGUGGGCAUGCAUCAUCUCCAACGGCAACUCAAGCGAGCCAGGAUGCUCUGCGCAAUUCUCCAAAGGCGAGCGACUCUGUGCGGAAUAGCAAAAGGUCCCCGCAGCAUCAGACGCAAACUUCUGGAAAUGUUGAUCAUCUGUCUUCUGAGUUUGAGCCCAAAUUGAUACCUCAGGAGCCCGUACCAGGUAGCAGCAAGGAGUCCCACACAUCUCCUGACAUUUCGCUGUUCAACCGCCUUCCACCUGAAGUAUUUGGAUUGACCGACUGGGAGGAUAGCGACAUACUGUCUCAAGUACUUGCUACUUCACAACAGGAGUACUUGGACAGCUUGAAGCAAUCGCGUACCUCAACUAGCACCGGAACCGACGCUAAUAAUAUGAACAACAGUCUCAUCAAUAACAGCAUCAAUACGAAUACCAAUACUACUACUACCAAUAUAAUAGAAUCUAAUAACAGUUAAUUCGUAGGGAGCAAUCGUUAUCCUUAAAGUUCAAAAGAGAUCAGAGCAAAGAAUAUACAUUUCUAUAUUGCAGUAUCGUCUAUUGUAUCCCAUUGUACUAGGGCCGAAGGUGGUUUAGCUUUUCUAUCUCACUGUCUGUCUGCUUCUAUUUCUAUCUCACACUUUACUCCGUUUCUUAUUGCGUAACCCUCGUGCAAUAGAAUAUUCAUUUACAUCGAUUUGCGUAAUGCGAACAAUUUACGUACAGCUAUAAAUACAAUCAUAAAUGAAAUCAUAGUUCAGGCCGGAAACACCUUAUUAUUCUUUUUAAAUUCUAUCAUGCGUACCUUUUUUAAAUUAUCAUUUCUUUUAGUUAUCUCUUAUCCUUUCGUUCAUCUCGAAGCUUAUGGAAUCAUCUGCUAUGAUAAGCACGUUAGAGAUUCUUUACUUGUCAAGAAUAACUAUUUUCAUAUUCUUGCCGCUGCUACCAUUGACACAGCGUCAUAUCGUAGUAUUUACGAUCUUGCAAUUCGCCUAUGUAAUUUUACCCCUACCACCUUCAAUCGUGGCCCUUAUUCUUUUAGGCAAACGUAGUUUACAACAGGCCGUGACGGGCAUAAAUAUUUAUUUCUUUUAUAAUCUUAAUUGUUUCUUUCUUGAUAUAACAUCAUAGAUCAAAUGCUUUAGAAGAAACUUGGUUGCAUUAUUUGUAACAAAAUAAAUAAAUAAAAAAAGUAUAACAUCUAACAACGUUUGUAGACUUAGAGAUGUUUUCUAGUUUAACAAAUAUAAUACUCAUCAUAAAAAUGAUUGUUUUACAGAGUUUAUAAAAGUACAGCUAAUGUC